AGCCUCUGUUGAAAUACACCGGAGGGAUCACGACGCCAUGCGACCUGCUGCUAGAGGCCCUGGAGGACGAACGCUGGUCAGUACCAAGCGCAUUCGAGGCACAGUACUGGACUGGUUCGACAAAUUUGGUUGGAUCCAGGCAACCCAGGAGAUUGAUCAUCCCGAAGCCCACAGGAACAAUGGGAAAAUCUAUCUCCUGGCAGAGGAUGUGCAGGAGGAUUUGCCCGGAGUUGGUUGUGCUGUGACCUUUUUCCUGUAUCAGGAUGCCAAUGGUCUCGGAGCCAUGAAUGUGCGACCAGACCAGCAUGGACAAGGGCAGAAGGGUGGCAAGGGAUUCGGCGGGAAAGCAGCGCCCGGUGGUAAAGCGCCUGGCGGCAAAGCAGCGCAUGGUGGCAAAGCACAUGGUGGCAAAGCACCGCCCACGCAAGGCUACGCUCCACCGCAAUAUGCAGCCUCGAAGGCACAGGGAAUGGGCUACCGUGGAGGCUAUGCGCCGGUGCAGAAAGGUCCUGUGAUGCCACAUGAGGAAGUGAUGCAAAAGGUGCAUGCCUGCCUCAACAAGCAAGUUUGGAAGGCGACCAAAAAGAUUGCAGAGAAGGAAAAGGACUGGGACCAGACUGAGCUGUCCAAGCGUAUCACGAAGUACUUGUACAAGGGAGCGCAGGCACCAGAGCUCUUGACAUUGCCCUGGCACCAGGCGGGUCCACAAUUUAUUGAGACGGCUAUGAGGGGUUAUAGCAACGCCUGUGCCGAUAAGCCUUGGUUCUUUGACUUGGACCUCACGGUGGCUUUUCAUAUGGCCUUUUGGGAGAUUUUGAAUGGCAGCGGCCAGAGUGCCCUUUCGUGAAGCCGGCCUUUCCGCUGCGAUGAUGUGAUAGGACACAUGGGUCAAUUCGAGGACACAUGAUCGACACGACACGAUCGACACAUUAGGACACAUUCUUACC